AUGUCCGACGAAACACCAGUGACCCCACCCUCGACUGCUUUGUAUCCAAUUCUGGUCACACCGCCAGAAUCGGGUAGUUCUAUCGAGAACCCCAUACUUAUAUCUGAUUCUGAUGGGCCGGAUGCCUCGGAUACGGAGACGCUUUGUGGAUCUGUUCGCCAGCUAUCCGACAAUACGGACGACACAACUCAUAGGCAUCCCAAAUUGCCAAUGGACGGUCCAAAUGGCGGUACUUCUCCGGAGAGCUGUGACACCGGACGAUCUCUCGAAAGUACCCCCUCGGCCUCUGCGGGACCAAUGCCGAUUUGGAUGCUGGAAACCAAAAUCAAGGAGGUUAUCCUGAAGACUGCCACAGAUGCAGAAGGACAAAGGCAAGGGUAUGCCUAUCUAUUCGCUGAUCCGAGCGAUGAGGCGGGAUAUUUCAAACUGGGGAAAUCUGAAACUCCAUUGAAGCGUGGAAAAAUGCACCAAAAUAAAUGCAAGCAUCCCGCCUUCAGAGUGAUCGAUGAGCUGCCCCGAGGGAUGUCAGUUCCUUGGUACGGUCGUUUGGAGUCGCUGGCGCACGCUGAACUCGCCAAUAUGAAGUACUCAUUCGACUGCUCUUGCAGUACGCGCCACCGAGAAUACUUUACUGGAAGAGUGAAGGAGGCCUUAGAGAUCCUGAACUGCUGGUCCGGCUGGCUGCAGCUCAAUCCGUAUGACGAGGACCUCCAACUUUCUUCUUUCUGGAGGGAUAGACUUCGUCUUCUGGGAGGGAAAGCAUUUAGCCACCCCAGGUGCCCUAGCACUGAAUGUCGCUCCGCCAGGGACAUUGGUUCCAGCUCAUGUCAAAAAUGCCUCAGGCUACGCUUGAAAGCAUGGACUGUCGUGACAGAUUUCGAUUAUUUUGAGUACGAAUGUCGCAAGAGGAUUGGCUGGGGGUUUCUCCGUCAAGUCAUGUCCUUGAUGUGGCUGCUCUUCGGGAAUAGUACUUUGACUCUCAUCGACGGCUGCGAGAGAAUGAAACGCCUAACCGCCUUCUUGUGGGCCCCGGUGACUCAUCUGCAUUUGCUUUUGCUGUUAAUGUUCCGGCUCUGGGUCUCGAGCAAUGUUCCUCUCGAAUCCAGUCUGUGCUAUGCCAUACUUUGCGUUUCUGCCUAUUGCAGGAUCGCGAGCGGAUUGAGCUACACUCUAAAAGCCCAAACCAUUCCCCAGUCACCGCGCAAGAAGGCCACUAGAAGAGUUUCGAAUUCGCCAGGAUCCAGGAUCCUUCCUGAAGCAGUCAGUGAAAAAGAGAUGCCAGAUGAACAAGAACCGCCCUCCAAGAAGCGAACGGUCAGCAUUCACGGAGCGCCCGAUAUCUCAAAUUCUCCCCGUGGCCAAAGCGCCCCCGCAUCCCCUGAAAUGUCUGAAAUAUCAAAGCACAACAGCCCCAACCCGUUCUUGACUCCGGACCGAGCAAAAUUGAUAGUUGGUAAAAGCAGCCCGAAAGCCGGCACGAAGCGACGAAAGAGCGAUGUUCGUUGA